AUGCGUUUGUCAACUGUCGCAUCGGGUGUCCUCGCCCUCGCCGGAUUCGUCUUGGCCCAGGAUGAAGCCGCCGAAGUGGCUCCCAUCCCCUUCCCCACCACCUGCCCCGACGUCCCCGCGAACCGCUUCCCUUACAAGGUCCACGCCGACUGGCAAGUGACCAAGGUUGCGGGAGGGCUCGAGCAGCCCCGCGCCCUCGUGUUCGACUCCGCCGGAAACCUCCUCGUCCUCGGCGCUCGGCAGGGCAUCAACAUCCUCACCUUUGGCGCCGACGGCUGCGUCGCCAGCAGCAAGUCGCUCAACCAGAAUAUCCGCUUCAACCACGGUCUCAGCCUGACCCCCGACGGCAAGAAGCUCUACGCCAGCUCCGAGACCAACGUCUGGUCCUGGGACUACGAUGCCGCCACCCAAGCCUUGACGAACCAGAAGACCAUUGUCAAGAACAUGAGCAGCGGUAUCCACUCCAGCAGGACCGUCCAUGUCGUCCCCAACAAGCCCAACUUGAUUCUCGUCUCCGUGGGGAGCAACUCCAACUUUGAUAUGAACGCCGGGGAUAUGCGCGCCACCGUCAGGGUCUUCGACGCCGACACGGCCCCCGCCGAUGGGUGGGAGUACAAUACCCAGGGUCACCAGCUCGGUUGGGGUCUCCGAAACGAAGUCGCGCUCGCCUUCGACCCUAACGGCCACGUCUGGGGUGCCGAGAACAGCGGUGAUGAGUUCCAACGAACCGUCAACGGCCAGGCCACGGACAUCCAUAUCGACAACCCGGCCGAGGAGCUCAAUUACCUUGGUGACCCGUCCGUCCCUAAUGAACAGUGGUAUGGGUAUCCCACUUGCUUCACCGUCUGGGAUCCAUCCGUCAUCCGGGACGCCGCUUUCAAGACUGGCGAUCAGUUUGUCGUUUCUCCCAACGCUCACGCCCCUAUCGACUCCACGUUUGACAAGACGGGCGAGAACCUGUACAUCACCUUCCACGGCUCCUGGAAUCGCCAGCCUGCCACCGGAUACUCCGUUAUCGAGGUCCCCUUCACCCAGCUCGAGGACGGUACCUGGGAUCCCGCCGCCCCUGCGGACAGCAUGUCAGGUUACACCGAGAUCUUUGGCGCCGAGAACCCCGGUGCGUGCCAGUCCAUGAGCUUGACUAUGAGCACCUGCUUCCGUCUUUCCGCCAUCACGUUUGACCCCUCGGGCACCAACCUGUAUAUCUCGAGCGACAACCAGUCCGAGGGCGAGAUCUGGGUCCUUAAGAAGAAGGCAUAA